UUAAAGUAGCAGAAGAACUUUUGAAAUCACGUCAAAAACUAAAUCUUUUAGCUAAUUUCUCUUCGUUUAGGGCUUCAUAUUUCGCUGCUACUUUGAGACAAACUUUGGCAUCAAAUUAUGUUAUUUUAAUAUUUUUAUUUUUUAUGACUUCAGAACAAAAAUAGGACAGAAAUCUAAAAAGAUGUCUAUUAUUGUUUAGUGCAGUUAGGCCUAAUCAUUGAUAGCGGAUUUAUAAAAUGAAUGAACUAAGAUGAACGAAUAUUUCUAUUUUAAUGGUUUGGUACAAUUAUGAAGAAAAAUGAUAAACAAACAGAAGCAGCUAGUGGCAAACAUGAAAAGAGUCGACGGCAGUUGGAUUUUGAAAAGAAAAAGAAGCCUAGGUCACUUUCAAAAAAAGUAUUUUAUUUAGACAUCAAGGAUGCCCGACGCAUGCGCAGCCUUGAAGGAAAGCUAAAACAGCUUGGUGGGACUAUCGAGAAGUUUUUGAGCAAAGAGGUCAACUAUAUUAUUACAAGCAAUGCUCACCUCUCCAAGCAGAAGCAGGACAAGCAGGGUGGAACCGGGGACAGUCCAAACACUACCAAUGCCUCCACACCCAGUCCAUUCAACCUGGGACAGUCACCAUCACCUAAUGCCAUUGCAGAACUUAAAAAAAUUGAAAAUGUACCAAGAGGAAAGACUCUUGCUAAAAUUGCAGGUGGUCAGCAAUCUCCUAACACAGUUUUGGAAAAUGCUGAGAAAAUUGGAAUUAAAGUUGUAUCUUAUGAACAAACUAUAAAAUAUGUUGAAAAAGAGAUUGCAAAGCUCAAAGUGAUCCCAGAAACCAGCAAACAGGUAACUAAAAAGAAGCCAUCAACAUCUAGGAACAAAGUGCAAAUGCUGAAGGCUCCAUUUGUCAAGUUUGAAUCGGAGAGCUGCCAUUAUCGUCCCAUUAUGCAAGAACUAGAAUCAUGGCCUCACCUGAAUGUGGAGACACCCAGGGGAACGUGUCCGUUUGAUGGGAGACCACUUGGCCAUGCUCAGUGCUCCGAGAGAGCAGAGAGAGACAUGAAUGCUGAAAGAAUCAUGUCACCUGACACACCAAACACGCCAAAGUGUCCAGGACUGGAUACUCUAAACACUCCACAAGAUGAAGUGAAACGGACAUGUGGCAGAGUGAAUGAAGACAGCACCAGCAAGCUGCUUGGUUUCCCCAUCUUGACCGCGGGGGAGGUGAGACGAGACCGUGAAAAAAAGCGUCGAGCGGCUCGGAGACAGGGAUACUGUGAAGCGUGUAAAGAGAAAUACAAUGAUAUAGAUCAGCAUCUGAUGGGUGAGCAUCACAAACAGUUUGUUCGGAACAAAGCCAACUUCAUGAAACUUGAUCGGUUAAUCGAGUCUGGUCCAUCAACACCCACAUUCAUUUCAAGUGUUAUUUUGAGACACUGUGUCCUAAAAGCUCAGGAAAAACCAAAGAGUCAGAGUAGUGGAGGAAUUUUACAACAUGAAACCAUACGUACAGAUGAAUCCGAAUUUAAGAUGGAUCAAAUGCAAACACCCAAGAAAAAAGUAGUUUCCUUGAACUUGAACCAGAAUCCACUUGAGACAGGAGAUAAUGGUACACACUACAGAAACAUGUUUAAAGAAAACGUUUUGACCAUGCAGCCACUGCAGAUGAUCGAGAUGUCACAGAUUUGUCCCAAGCAUAAGAAGGAUCGUUCUCUGUGCCGAUGUACAGACGUACUGAGUUCUCUUGGCAGGCAGCUGGCUCAGUCAUGCUCCCCUAACCACACCGCUCAACGCCACACAAGAGAAUCAAAUGACUUGAGGAAUGUAAACCUGCAUUCUGCUGCGGUCGUGAAGAAUCCAUCUUGUAGAGGUCUGUAUGGCUCUCCGACGAGGCUUGGUCUGAGGAAGUCGUUCCAGAAGAGCUCAAAACAGGAGAUGGUGAUAGGCAAUUCACAGAUUGCCAGUCUGCAGACUGUUCAAAACGUCUACAAUUCCUACAGCAACAUUCAGGUGAGCUCAAACAGUGAAUCCAGUGACGGUGGAGACAUUAGUGAUAACUACUUGCCUGAAACUGAAGUGAAACCUGCCGGUGAGGACCAUGAUGUACAGAUCUCAGCAAACCAUGAUCUACCUCUUAAUAGUUGUACAUCUACAGUUCUCGGAGAGAAGCCAGUUACGCAGCAGUCUAAAGACUGCAGAUCCAAGAGUCUGGCUAAGAAUGACAAAGUGCAUGUCUCAUCGCAUCAAGAUACAAAUCGAGAAUCUAAUGAUCUUAUGAAAAAGUGUUUUGUGGAAAAGGAAAAAUCCAUGCCUGUGAGUUUGAAGUCGUCUUCAGAGGAGAAAAAUCCUUCAUUGGCAUCAAAAGAUUUAAGUGUCCAUUCUUCAGAUAUGGUUCAACAGAAUGAAACAGAGUGUUCCUUGCAGACAGCAGAUUUUAUAAUGGUAAAUGAGGACGAGAAAUGUAAAUUGAAUAAAAUUCCAAAUGAACUGUUAUUGAAACAUCAGACAAUAUCAAAUAACAGACCUGUUUCUAAACAAGUAUCUUCACAAAAUCUGACUCGGUUAGAUGAAAAACAAACCACUGAGUUUAGGAGUGAAAUUGAUGAAUUACAGACAUCAGUUGAAAGCUCAAACACUGUCAACAAAGAGAAAUCUACAGAUUGCAGUAAAGCAAUCAGUUUUUCAAAAUAUAGUGAGCUGCAAGAAUUGUCCCCACAGAAACUUCAACAAGAAAAACCUGUGAUUGACCAUGUACUUUUCUGUCAGAGUGCAGCCGAGAGAGUAAAAAACAGACGAGCAAAGUCAACAUCCUCAGCUAGCAAUAAUACCCCUAAUGAGUCUGUCUGUUACGUGUCUGAAAGUGACCACUCCAGUCAACAACACAAACAUAAACAUAUUGCGAAGACCAAUACCGAAAAAACUGUUGUCAAGUGUCAAAAACACAAAUCUAGACAUUGGUCUGGAUUAAGUUCAAAACCUGUCCCAAAGGAAAAUGAUUUUGUAUCGCAUUCUAUAGAUAGUGAAAAUGUGCAAAAAUCGAAAUUGAAAAAACAUCUUAAAAGAUUAAAAUUGAAUGAAACCCAAGUGAAUAGUAAUGUUGAACAUAAUAAUGAUGAUCAGAAUGUUGCUAUAGAUAAUACUAAUUACAAAGAGAUCAUUUUGGAGAAAGAAUCAAAAGGUUUAUCAGUAGGUUCUUUGUCACCAAAAUACAAGAAACAUUUGAGCCGCCGCAACAAACAUUCUAGCAAGAAGAACGAUUUAAAAACUAGAGUAGACAAUGACAAAGUUAGUUCCUGGCUGUCCAGACCUGCUUCACCUGUUUUUAAAACAUCCCCACGGUAUUGUAAGAAGACGAAGGUACCCAUAUCUCCAAUUUCUUUCAAUAUUAGUGCCACAAAAACUGUAAGAAAAAAAGAAAAACCGAAAAUGAAGCCCAUCACUAAGCACCGUGGAUUUCUAAGAACACCUGGAAAUUCUGCUAGAAGUAUUAAGCUCAAAGAGGACAAGGCUUCAAAAGAAAAGCAACAAUCUGAGGGUGUAAAGCAACUUUAUAACAAUGAACAGGCCAAUGGUGGAAUGUUCACAAGUCCAAACAUCUCCAAGCAGAAUGAAGACUGUGAUCAGGAAUGGGACAGCCCAAAGAGUGGAUUUAGUACGACUCCUUGUGGAAAGAGUUUAGCCACAAGAAAGCUGUACUCUCUUGAUGAUACUUUUAAAUGUAAAAGUAACAAAAAACGCAGGCUGAAAUUAACAAAAAGUGAAAUGCUGUAUGAUGUUACAAAGAUGUCUGCAGAAAUACAGCUACCUGAAAAAUCCCACGAACCAGAUGACUUGGCUGCUGGAGUUGACACAAAUAUUUCACCUAAGCUUUCUGUGGAAAAAAGUGUGCACGGGGAACCAAGUGGAGAAAUUAUCAAACUUUUGUCUCCAGUACAAUCAAGGAAUUGUCUUAAAGCAAAGAACACCUCACUCAGCAAUUCCAGCUUUUGUGAGAAUGUCAGUAGAGAAGUGUUGGGGAAGGCAAAGAAACGAAAAUGGAGUGGUAGCAACAUGAGUACUUCUAUGAAACCUGGCUCGUCGACAAAGAAAAUCAAACUGAAUCGCAGUUGGCUCAUCCUCAGUGAGAGAAGCAUGGGCAAGCUGCUUGAAAGUGAGCCCGAUCCUCCUUCCUUUCAUGGCUACAAUAAGCAGAUGUCGGAAUCAAAACUGCCGUCAGACUUGACGUAUGAAGAAUUAUCUGAAAUAGAGCUAAGUGACGAUUCUGAUAAAGAAUGGGUCAUUGAAGAUUGUGUGAGCAAAAACAAAAAUCGUACUUUAGUUUUUAAAUCGGAUACUGGUUUGGAAGACGACGAAGACGACUCAUUUAAUGAGUUAGUUCCCUUGUUCACAUCUCCUGGAAAGGCGACAGACUCGUCCUGGGGUGAUGCAUGUGAUAGUUUCCUUAAAACCACCUGUAACAAGCUUUCCACCAGCCACACUUGCAGCACACCGUUCAACGUUGAUACAAAGCGAAAAAAGAAAAAGACUGUCAAAACAGAUAAAAGCUCUUCUCAGAGAAAACGGUCCAAGCUGAAGGAGAAGACUGACAACAAGGAUGCCGUUCAUGUGCCAAACUGUGUUGAUCCUACAACACCAAUUAAACACAGACACUCAAAGAAGAUAGAAUUAAAAGAUCUGAGGGUAAAGCAAGUUGACGAAGACAUAGUAUUUAAUUUUUGCAGUCCACAGAAAGACAAAAGGGAAUUUAGUCCCUUGAGGAAUGAGGACACUUACACAUUUUCAGGUAAUCAGUAUGUAUGCGGUUCAUCACAAACGUGUCAAACAACACCCAGUAAGUUGGAAGAGAAGUCUUCGCCUAGAAGACACAAAAGUAAAGACGAUAAGAGUAAAAGACAAUACUCGCAUCAUGGUGGCAAGAAUGCAUCUAAAGUGAAAAAAUCUAUUGGUGCUGAUUUUGAAGAUGUAAAGAGAACAUCAAGCAAGUUGAAGAGAGAAAGAUUUUCCUAGAAUUUACUUUUUAAAAAUGAUUGGUUUUUUAUAAUUGAAGAUUAAUGGGAAAACAAUUUUAUAUUUGAUUUUGACUUUUUCCAACAACUAAAUUGCUGUUGGUGCCAUCGUUAAAUUUGAGUCCUGAAGUAUGUAUUCCAUCAGAUUCAUAAUUGUAGGACUAUAAGUACAGUGUUUUGGCAUUGAUCUUUUUUAAUAGUGAAGUAUUGUCCAAAUUUCAUCAACUUUCGUCACAAGAUCAGUAAUCAUAAAGCCACAGUCGAUGCAUUUAGAAGACCGGUUAUCAUCAUUGUGCCAAAAUCAACUAACGCCCAUUAUUAUGAGCAACUAAGCUGUAGUAUUCAUCAACAACACUCCUCAUUAAACCACAAACAUACCACAGAGAAAUUACAACACCCAUCAUCGUCGUCAUACCGCAGUGAAUUAAGUUAUAAUAGAGAUGAUUUAUGUUACAACGAUGGUUGCCAAAUGUAUCUAUCAAGUAUUAUUCUAUUUCUUCACCUGUUAAAAUGCAUUUUUAAUAUAUAGUUUAAUGGGAAAAUUCUAAAUAAAAAGCAUCAACAUAAACUUGAAAGUAUCUAUUAAACUUGAAAUAUUGCAGAAUCCUAGUUAUGUUCUCAGAAAAUAGAAAAUAUUGAUUAUUACAUGAAUUUAUUUCACUAAAUUAAAAUAAAAUUUGCUACUUAUUCUUAAAAUUCAUAAUUGACCAACUUGGCAAGUUUCAGAGCUAGCCCUGGUAAGUUUGACAUAAGUGACGUACUAAAAUGACGUCGUCUGUUUAUGGUUAUCUCUGAAGAGCCGAGUGAUCUCAAAUGUGUCCUCUCUCCCACAGGUGUGUAAGAAAUCACUGUCAUGUUCUAGACAAAUAACAUAAUCAUCCCACAAACAUAAUCAUCAUGUAAACAACAUGCCAUAGGCAAAUAUAAUCAUGCCAUAUAUUACAGAUGUUAUCACCAGUAUGUUAUAAAUAACAAUCGUACUACACCAUGCUACCAAAAACCAUUCUGCUAUAAAUAAUAAAUAUGCUACAGAUAAUGACAUAAUUAUGCCAUAAGCAUCAACAUCUUCAAAUUAUAAAUUAUGACACUUCGGGGAUAACCCUACUGUGUUUUCCGAUUUGCAGACGUAUAUUGGUGGUUUUACUGUCGCAAAUUUAGUUUUAUUGGCGACAUGUUAGCAGAGCCAAUAAAACAGUAAAUUUGCGACAGUGGGGUUAUCCCUAUUCUAAGUAAACUCUUUGCUGGUUGAUUUUAAGUAGGAAUAAGCCUGUAAACGUCACCGACAGCGGCUCGAACAUAGAUGUGUAAUGUGACAUAUUUAAUCAACUCUCAUGAUUAGAUUAUCACUAAUAAAGAAUAAUAUGUUCAUUUCUGACAAAAACUUCUCAGUAUUUAACAACUUCUGUACAUAAUAUGAACGCUACAGAAAUUGUCUUUUGACAUCAUUACAAAACAACCCUGUUCUUUGCUUAACCUAUGAUGUAUUUCUGCCAGAAAAUUUGCGACCGGUAUAUCGGUGAUUUUACCACCUGAACUUUGUAGUAGAGAUCCAAUCAGAUUCGUUCUUACAAAUGUGUUGAAUUAGAAUCAUUCUUAUGUCAAAGCCAGUUGUUUUCCCUGCCGUUUGUGUUUAGACUUUUUUAAACCAAAACCUUUUUAUUUUAUCCAGCAAGACCAAAAAGCUGCAUGAACCUGGCUGGCACUGUAUUCUGUGUUUGGCGCUUAACCCUUUGUGCUAACAUUGCAACCUGAUUCGUUUUUAGGUGCAAUAAGGGGGAGGGCAGGGCCCACAACCAUGAGUUCCAGUUUUCAAGUCUGCUGAUAAAGCGACCAGUUCUUAUGUCAAAGCCAGUUAUAUUACAAUAGCUGUAAUGCAGCAAACAUUUAAUGGUAUUAUUAUCAUACUGCAGACAGCUGGAUUUUAACAUGACUUACAUUACAAUACCCAUCUUCAAAUUACAAUACACACGCGAAUACGUUGUGUCAGAGUUGUAUUUAUACAUGCAGGGAUUACUUUUCUACAUAUACACUGUAGGUGCCAGAUGGCAAUCAGACUGAAUAUAAUCAUUUACAGAGUAUGUUAUAGAACUAGAUCAGUAAACAUUUCUAUAGACUGGGUAACAAUCUUAACUUUUAAAUAAGGCGGCUCCACAUAAUAUGAGUAUGUUGUACGAGAAUAGCCAGGUGACGAGACGACAUUACGAUUUCACCAAGUGACAAGAUGACGUUACGAUUUCACCAAGUGACAAGACAGACAUUACGAUUUCACCAAGUUACAAGACGGACAUUACAAUUUCACCAAGUGUCAAGACUGACAUUACGAUUUCAUCAAGUGUCAAGACCGAUGUAAUGAUUUCAUCAAGUGACAAAAUCGAUGUAAUGAUUUCAUCAAAUGCCAAGACAAGACAUUACGAUUUCAAUGACAAGACGUACAUUAUGAUUUCACCAAGUGUCAAGACGGACAUUACGAUUUCAUCAAGUGACAAGACUGACAUUACGAUUUCACCAAGUGACAAGACAGACAUUACGAUUUCACCAAGUGACAAGAUGGACAUUACGAUUUCAACAAGUGACAAGACGACAUUACGAUUUCACCAAGUGACAAGACAGACAUUACGAUUUCACCAAGUUACAAGACGGACAUUAUGAUUUCACCAAGUGACAAGACAGACAUUACGAUUUCACCAAGUUACAAGACAGACAUUACACUUUCACCAAGUGUCAAGACGGACAUUACGAUUUCAAGUGGUCAGACGUACAUUACGAUUUCACCAAGUGUCGAGACAGACAUUACGAUUUCAUCAAGUGACAAGACGGACAUUACGAUUUCAAGUGGUCAGACGUACAUUACGAUUUCACCAAGUGUCGAGACAGACAUUACGAUUUCAUCAAGUGACAAGACAGACAUUACAAUUUCAUCAAGUGACAAGACAGACAUUACGAUUUCAUCAAGUGACAAGACAGACAUUACGAUUUCAUCAAGUGACAAGACAAGACAUUACGAUUUCACCAAGUGACAAGACAUUACGAUUUCACCAAGUGACAAGACUGACAUUAUGAUUUCACCAAUUGACAAGACAUUUUAUCAGUUGCUAUGCAAUUGGUUAUUCUUGCAGCUGUUCUCUUAUGAGGCAAUUAAAUCAUGUGGCGUCACCUUUACUGGGUAAGUAUUCCAAUUCUAGAUAUCCUAAAUUUAACUUUUUACAGAGUCACUGAUAGAUUUUUGUACAUCUGGAAUCCAAAUCUUAUUGGUAAGCCUGCUUUUCAUUUUACACAAGCAGAUUACUGUAAAAAAUUUGACAUCCAAGUAUACUUGUAAGUCGCUAGUAAAUAUUUAUGCUGUAAUGUCACUGUGCAGGAAAAUUACUCAUCUUUGUUUUUAAGUGUGCUGAAUGCCCGCUCGCAGAAACUUGAGAAAAGUGGGUUGUAAGGAGAUAACAUUUUGUUCAUAAACUAGUAUAAAAUAAAAUUACCUUCACACUGUCGGUUACUUGAAUAUAUUGUACUAAACAACGUAAUAGAAAUAUUGAAUAAGAAUAGAAUAUGAAAAAAAAAAAGAUUCAAAUAAAAUAGAAUGUCUUAGAAAUAAAUGCCCUUCAUGAAAAAAAGGUCAGUGUCUUAAUUUCAUUUUUAUUACUUGUGCUAAAUUACCAAGCAAGAAAUGAUUAUACAGUGCCACACAUAGUUAUCAAACCUAAUAUAAGGGCCAACUCUUUAGUUUUACGGUCCUAGUUGCAUAAUCUUUUGUAAUUUUUUUAUUAACUUGUGUGCAUUGUUGAGUUUAAAAUAUGUUCUUUUAGUACCUUUUAAACAUCCAUGUAACAUGCUUUGUUUAGUAACAGAAAUGUUAUUGAAACAUACCUUGUAAAUAUGAAGGAUUUAUUACAUAAUUUUAAUUAAUUGCCUACUUAUAUAUGUAGCAGGGACAUUUUAAAAAACUAUAGAAUUUAUUUGAUUUGAAAUGUUGAAAAAUUACCUGUUUUAAGUAUAGCAUAAUUCUCAGCUGUUUUAAAGAUCAUUUGGUUUUAUUUUUUAAUUCAUAUGACAUCCCUGCUAUAGUAUCUUAAACAAGCUUCCAUUUUCCAUCAAGAUUAUGUUCCAUUUCAUAUUAAGUUGGUAAUGGAUGGAUCACUUGGCAUGAAGCGUGACAUUUUGACCUGGACUUUACCCCUAUCCGUGAUUAGUGCUCGAAUAGCCUAAAUCUAAACAGUUAAUACAGUUUGUGCAUCAUGUAUAUAUACUGAGAGGCAUAAAUAAUGCAAUGGGUAUUUCACUGAUUAUUUUCUUACAGAAAUGACAUAUAUAUGAAGCAUGUGGACAAAAUGACAUAUAUAUAUGAAGCAUGUGGACAAAAUGACAUAUCAUAUAUAUGAAGCAUGUGGACAAAAUGACAUAUAUAUGAAGCAUGUGGACAAAAUGACAUAUAUAUGAAGCAUGUGGACAAAAUGACAUAUAUAUGAAGCAUGUGGACAAAAUGACAUAUCAUAUAUAUGAAGAGUGUGGACAAAAUGACAUAUUGGUAAUAACAGUAAGUAAAAGAGGAUUUUGGUUAAAUCGGAAAAAAAAUGGAAUAAAAUGCAUUUCAAGCAAAAACCAUAACUUGGUAUUUAUUACAAAAUUACAGUAUUGCAUAUGAAAAUCUUUAUGCACAUGCUUUGCCUGCACUGGUCACCCUACGAAAGCAACCAUUAUUUUGAUUUCCUGCCAUUUUUCAGUAUUCCAUGAUAAGUAAUGUUGAACAAUUUUUUUAUUGCUAAAAAAAAAAACCAAGUUAUUUUUUGUUUUAAACACAUUUUAUUCUCUUUUGUUUUCCAAAACAAGAUCUUCGUUCUCUUGCGGUUGUUACCAGUAUCUCAUUUGUUUGCAUGCAUAAUAUAUAUGAUAUGAUAUUUCUUUUAAAACCAUCAACAAAAAAAAAUCAAUGAAAUACCCAUUGCGUUAUUUAUGCCUCUCAGUAUAUGAUGCAAUUACAUGCACAAUGUAUUUAAAUCUUUGGGAAUUUCAAGCACCCAAAGUAAGCAAGAAUACUAUAGGGACCUUCUUGAUGGACUUGCCAAGACUUGCCAGUUUUACAGUCCUUGUAGAGGAAAUUUGUGGAGGCAGCCUGGAGUUGACUGCAAUCCUGGUGAAAACACCAAGUACAUGUAAGGAAAAGAACAUUUGAUAAAACUACUACGUGAAAAUUACUUUAGCAACCUUUAAA